GCUUCUUUUGAGUCGCCCCUUCAUUAUGAACGAAUGCCCGGGAAUGAAAGAAACUGUUCAUGAGUGACGUUUCCUGCCCCUGAUAUAAAUUUUCUCUUAUUACUCGUAUUCCAAUGACCUGAUACAAUCCCGUUGCCAAGAAGAAUAGGACUUUUGAUCAGCGGAUAGACGUUAAGCUUAUUUUCAUUAACAGAAACUCCAGUGCUAGAGAUCAGUGAACAAGGAGGGAGGUGUUCACGGUCUUUUCAGGAGCUCAGGCCAAAUUUUGUUACCGGAGUGAAACCUUUUCGUGCACUGUUGGAGUCUUGAAGGCUGCCUGUUCUGAAUAGGGGUCCACCCUUAUCAUUUUUCACCGAAAAAUGUCGUAUUAUGUAGGAAAUUCGAAGCGCCCGAGACAUGCCGAGGACCAAUUGUAUGAUCAUCCCCGCAAAAUGAAAAUGAGGUAGAAAGAAUGAUACGAGAGCGGUAAAAGGAUUACUUUUUUUCUGAAUGUUGACGGUUGGCACGACAGAACCAAAUCGUAAAGGACCACGGGAUUAUGAGUGGUACUGCCACUAACAUAUCGGUAUUGCUCUCGUUUUGGACGAUGAUGGCCGUAGAUAAACAGCGAUGAGCAGGAAUAGGAGGAGGAAAUCUAGAGAAUAACCAAGAACUUUAAGGGUUAGUACAAUUUAUAUGAAAACCCCCAGCGACAAUAUUGACGCCUUUCAGGGAAAGAGGCAUAGCAAAAAAGGAAAAAGGUAACACCGCUCUAUUGCGUAUAUGAAAUGUGUGGGAUUCGAUGUAGAGAUAUAUUGUACGAAGUAUUGACUU